AGCCUGAGGCCUGGCUCGGAGGAAAUGGGGUGCAGUGUUAGCUAUUGCUCUUCUCUCCCUGGUGUGCUGGGGUGAGGGCAGAUGGAUGAAUUCCUCUCUGGUAUCUGUGCCACAUUGGACCAGUCAUUCUGUCCUCAGAUACCAAGAUAGAAGAUGUUUCAGAUUGGGGGCCUCAUCGUCUUCUGUGGGCUGCUGGGCCAGACCACAGCCCUCCUGGAAACUCUACCCUUGAGCCUAAACCAGACCCAGCCCUUGACUGUGGCUCCCUCCCCGGCCCUAAGUCACACAGAUUUUGCUGGAAGCUUGAGCAUUGCUCUCAGCAAUGGCUUGUUAUCUGAGGGUCUGUUGGGCAGUCUCGAAAAGCUUCCACUCUUGAACACCCUGAAGGGUGAAGGAGUCACUACCAAAGCCGUGUUUGGGGGCCUGCUUGGGAAAAUUGCUACCGUGAUCCGUUUCAUGAACAUCAUUGAUGUGAAGGUCACUCAUCCCCGGCUGCUGGACCUUGACACUGUGCAGAGUCCUGAUGGUGGCCGUUUCUAUGUCACCAUCCCUCUGGACAUGAUCCUCAAUGUGAAUAUGCUCCUGGUCGGAAGUCUGUUAAAGGGGGGUGUGAAGCUAAACAUCACUGCAGAACUCUUAACUGCACAAGAUGAACAGAAGAAUAUCCCCCUGGUCCUUGACAGCUGCACUCACUCUGCUGACAGCCUGAAAAUCACCCUGCUUAACAGAUUUGUCCCUGUCCCCUUUCAAAGGCUCUUCAAAAGCCUCAGUAAGAUCCUUCCUGGGCUGGUGCAGAGCAAGGUAAGUGGGUAGAAGUGGGGGCUCCUGAUCCUUGGUU